AUGCCUCAAUACCAUUCAAAUUUGCAUGGCAUGAACAAUGUAUGCAUACCUCAAAGGCCUGUGUUUAAGAACAAAGUUGAUGUUCCAACCUCUCAACCAAAACCAAAGAUUGAACCAGUUCAAUCCAAAGGAAAAGUUGAGAAUGAGGGAAAAGCUGUUAAGACUAACAAAUCUGGACCCAAAGCAAUUUGGGAAAGUAUAGAUCCUAUGGCUGACCAAUUUCAGGGAAAAUCAGACUUUAGAGCUCCUCUCCUCACCGGUUCGGACAAUUACAAUUGGUGGAAAGGACAAAUGGAAGCUCAUCUGUCCAGAGACCCUCUCAUGCAAAGAGUUGUUGAAAGAGGUCCCUAUCAAUUCCUUGAUAAAGAUGGCAAAGUCAAAGAUAUUGAUGAACUCACUACCGACGAGCUAACAAAGAUGGGUGCAAAUGGAAAAGCAAGGAGUACUCUCAUCAAUGGUCUUAAUCAAUCUGAAUAUGACAAGGUGUCAUCUCUCAAAUCUGCCAAGGAGAUAUGGGAUGCGUUGGAAGCCUAUCAUGAAGGUUCAAAGGGUCUAAGGAAAGUAAAGUUGGGACAAUUAAUGAAGGAACUUGGUGCUUUCGGUUUGCAAAAGGGAGAAACAAUCAAAGAAGCUCAAGCUAGGUUUCAACUCAUUGUCAAUAACCUAGGGAGACUUGGAAAGAUAAUUCCUCAAUCAGAACUCAACAUGAACAUUCUCGCUUCUGUUCCAUUCGACUUUCAAGCCAAAGUAACUGCCUUGGAAGCUGCUCACAAUAUUGAUACAAUGGAUCAUCUAGCUCUUUUUGCUGAAUUGGAACAAUUUGAGAAAAAGAUGCAUGCCAAGAAGCAUGAUGGUCCGGUUGAGAAAAUGAAGAAUUUAGCUCUUACUGCUGAAAAGAGCAAGCCAGAAUCAGAUGAGGAAUCAGACGAAGAUCUUGUACUCCUUUCCAAGAAGAUUCAACGGAUGAUCAACAAACAUAAUCAGCUGAAAAGGGAGAAAGGCAAGGACAAGGCUAAUCACUCAAGUAGCAGAAAGCCCUCCAAGGAAUCAAAGGAUCAGAAUUGCUUCGAAUGUGGAAAGCCUGGUCACUUCAAGAAGGACUGCUACAAGCUGAAGUCAAAACAGCCUGCUGUUUCCAAAGACAAGAAGAAGAAAUCUAAAGCACUUCUGACUUGGAGUGAUGAUGAAGAAGAAUCUGCCUCCAGUGAUGACUCUGGUGAGGAAAUGAUCAAUAUUGCACUUGUUGGCAUGGAGGAUGACAAUGUUCAAGGAUUCACCGAAGAUGGGUUUGUCGAAACUGAUUCCGAGGAUGACAACAGUGAGGUUAGUUCAUUCAAAUUUGAUCUCUCCAAUGAUAAUUCUGUACUAGAAGAACUAACCAUGCAGGAACAAGAUCGUAUUCCAAGUAAGGAAUAUAAUUCUCUUAAGGCAGAAAAUAGCAAGCUGAUUGAAAAGAAUAACUAUCUCAAGAACAUGGUUCAAGAGCUUAUGCAGAAGAUAGAUACACUUUUUGACUCCAAAGAGCCUACUCAGGCCAUAAUCAAGGAACUUCAAGGAAAACUAGAUCAAUCUGAAGGUUUUCACAAAGUCUUGAUGAGAAGAAAUGAGGCUCAAAAAGAAGAAAUCUCCCAGCUGAAACAAGAGAUAGAAGCCAGAGAUGCAUGCCUAGAGACGUUCAAAAUUAAGGAAUCCACAAAGCUGCAUUCAUCUCAGCCUGCUGCCAGUACAUCUCAGCCUACUACAAGUACAUCACAGCCCACUGUCACGACAAGACAGCAAGCUGAAAAGAUCCAAACUCUUGAAACAGAAGUCUCAAAGCUCAGAAAAGGAAUGGGAACUUUUGUUCAAGGAGAAGAAGGUCUAAAAUUCAUGAUGAAGAGCAUCAAGGUUCCAUUGGAUAAAGAAGGAGUUGGUCUCAACUUCAACAAGAAGGGAAAUGCUCUUAAGUAUGAAGGAAGGCGUGGCAAACCAUACAAAUAUGCUAUGCCCUGGAAGGAAUGUGCAAAAUGUGGAGGAAAAGGACAUCUAGCUCAGAAUUACAGAGUCAGACCUCAAAGACAAUACUUCCAGAAAAGAUCAGAAGGGAAAAUAGCCUACUGGAACAAGAAAACAGCUUACCAGAAUGGUCCAAACAGAAGCUAUAGAACUCAGCAGCAUACAUAUCCUACUGUGAUGUGUCUUGCUGCUAAGAUCAAGUCUACACAAUGGAUCAUUGAUAGUGGCUGUACAAGGCAUAUAUGUGGAGACAAAACUCAGUUUAAGAGUCUAAAGAUGAAAAGAGGAGGAUGUGUAACUAUUGGUGAUAGUAAGACCCUCCCUAUUCUAGGUAAAGGUAAAGUUGGUAAUGACACUACCUCUAUCUCUAAUGUUAGAUUUGUUAAAGGCUUGAAAUACAAUUUGCUUAGUGUAAGUCAAUUGCAUGAUGAUGGUCAUAAAGUUGAAUUCUCUAAGGAUAAAUGUGUUAUUACUGUUGGUACUAACCAGAUUCCUCUAGUUGCUAGAAGGGAAGGAAAUAUAUAUAUCUUAGACUUUGAGUUGCAGAAAACAGCCUGCUGUUUAGCUGCUGUGGAUGGUGAUCCAACCAUUUGGCAUAGAAGAUUGGGUCAUGCUCACAUGGACUUGCUUAAGAAGUUGUCAAGUUAG